AGCGCGGGGGGCGGGGGCUGCAGCUGAGCCUGCCGAGGCCGCGGGCCCCGCUCGCCCGAGCUCGCCAGCUGCCUGCCAGCCAGCCUGCAGGAGGGAGGAGAGAAGUCGAGCGCUUGCUUCCGCGGUUGGCUACUCUGUGUCCUGGUCUCCAGCUGCCUCAUUGCAGCUGACAUUCCUAAUACGGACACAUCGUUGCUUUUUAAAUACUUCCAAAGAAACAAUAACAUUCAAGCUGGCGCAAGCAAUGGUUCACAUAAAAAAAGGCGAGCUGACCCAGGAGGAGAAGGAGCUCCUGGAAGUCAUCGGGAAAGGUACUGUCCAAGAGGCUGGAACACUGUUAUCUAGCAAGAAUGUUCAUGUCAACUGUUUGGAUGAGAAUGGAAUGACUCCUCUAAUGCAUGCAGCAUAUAAAGGAAAGCUUGAUAUGUGCAAACUACUUUUGCGACAUGGAGCUGAUGUAAACUGUCAUCAACACGAACAUGGAUACACAACCCUCAUGUUUGCUGCACUUUCUGGUAAUAAAGACAUCACAUGGACAAUAUUGGAAGCCGGUGCAGAGACAGAUGUUGUCAACUCUGUGGGAAGAACAGCAGCUCAGAUGGCAGCCUUUGUGGGGCAACAUGAUUGUGUGACUAUAAUCAACAAUUUCUUUCCCCGAGAGAGACUGGACUAUUACACUAAACCCCAGGGACUAGAUAAAGAACCAAAGCUGCCCCCAAAGUUGGCAGGCCCACUGCACAAAAUUAUCACCACAACAAAUCUUCAUCCGGUCAAGAUUGUGAUGCUUAUAAAUGAGAACCCUCUACUGGUGGAAGAGGCAGCCCUGAAUAAAUGUUAUAAGGUGAUGGAUUUGAUUUGUGAGAAAUGUAUGAAGCAAAGAGACAUGAAUGAAGUAUUGGCUAUGAAAAUGCAUUACAUCAGCUGUAUCUUUCAGAAAUGCAUUAACUUCUUGAAAGAUGGAGAGAAUAAACUGGUCACCUUGAUCAAGAGCUUGUUAAAAGGCCGAGCUUCUGAUGGCUUUCCAGUAUAUCAAGAAAAGAUCAUUAGAGAAAGUAUCAGAAAAUUUCCUUACUGUGAAGCUACACUCCUCCAGCAGCUGGUGCGAAGCAUUGCUCCUGUUGAAAUUGUAAGGAUCCUCUUAACUAAGCUAAUACUAUCAAUAAGACCUAAUUACCACAUGUUGUAUUGUUAA